AUGGCUAUCAACAUCACAGACUACGAAUUCAAUUGCGACACGCACGACCUCUACAGAGUAGAUUUCUUCGAUGACAAUAUCGAAACCCUAGUCACGCACACUCCGUCCAAGGUGAGGUCUUGGAUCCAGAAAAUCAAAUACAUACACCGUUUCCGGCUCCACGAACUCAUCGUCGGCCUCGACGUUGAGUGGCGCCCAUCCUUCACCCAAGGCGUCACCAACCCUGUAGCAACCCUGCAACUAUGCGUCGGCCACAAUUGCCUCAUUUUUCAGCUCUGCUACUGCGAUCGGAUCCCCAAGUGCCUUUUCGACUUUCUUGCGAAUCCGAGCUUUACCUUUGUGGGCGUCGGGGUAGGGCAAGAUGUUCGAAAGCUGGCGGAUGAUUAUGGCCUGGAGGUAGCGAACUCUGUGGACCUUAGGGUUUUGGAGGCGAGGCGCUACGGGUGGGACCGGCCCCGGAGCGUGAGCCUGAAGGACAUGGCAUCGGAGGUUCUAGGGCAGGAAUUUCAGAAGCCGAAGAGUAUUACUUUGAGUCACUGGGACAAGCCAUACCUCUCCCCUGCGCAAGUCAAGUAUGCUUGUGUUGAUGCCUUUGUUUCUUUCGAAAUUGGCAGGGUCUUGAUCGCAGCAGAGGACUAA